CUACAACUCCCAGCAUUCACCGCGGGAGCAGCCUGGGAAGCAGUUCCUCGGCUCCCUUCGGACGCGGAGCCGCCUUUUCGCUCCUCUACAGCCGGGAUAAUAAGCAUUUUGGAAUAACGAGCCAAACGGCGUCAGCAUGGGGAACGGCGUCAACAAGGUGCUGCCUGACCUGUAUUUGGGUAAUUUCAGAGAUGCAAGAGACCGGGAACAAUUAGCCAAACACAACAUCACACACAUCCUGUCCAUUCAUGACAGUGCAGCUCCGAUACUCCAGGAGAUGACCUAUCUCUGCAUUUCUGCUGCUGACCUGCCCACACAAAAUCUAACUCAGCACUUUAAACAAAGCAUAACGUUCAUACACGAGUCCCGCCUGAAAGGAGAAGGCUGCCUCGUUCACUGUUUGGCGGGCGUGUCCCGCAGCGUCACCCUGGUGGUGGCCUACAUCAUGACGGUCACAGGUCUGGGCUGGCAGGAGGCGCUGGCUGCAGUGAGGGUGGUCCGGCCCUGCGCCGGCCCCAACCUGGGCUUCCAGCGCCAACUCCAGGAGUUUGAGGCUACGCAAGCCGAUCAGUUCAGAGAAUGGCUACAGAAGGAAUACGAGGACAACUCCUUCAAUGAUGAGGCUGAUCUACGUGACUUGCUCGCUAGGACGGCUAAGGUCAAGGGUGAGGGGGCGGAAAAGCAGGACUCUACCCCACCCGGAGACCUCUGAACAGAUGUUUUUGAGUGUGUUCCUGUCAGGAUGUUUCAUGGACAUUAACACUGAAAGAGACAAUUGACACAUGAAGCAAAGAUGCCGCUUUAGCUUUGGUUGGUGUUUAUGGUGCAGCUCUAUCUUUUUUUUUUCAAAUUUAUGGAUGUUUUGUUUUUUUGUACUGUGUCAUGUUGAUUUCAAACUGUGUGAUUAAAUGAGUAAAGUGC